GCACCCCUAGAGACGGCGCUGGAACCCAGGUCGGAGUGGAGGGACGCACAGAAGGUGCGGGUCUGAGUGGCAACAGCGCCUUUGGAUCGUUUGAUUUCCCACCCCCUGGGCUGCGGGACCGCGUGCUUCGGAGGAGAAGCGGGAGCACCUCCUCGCCGCGCCUGCAGCCGCGCGGGCCCAGCUCGGAUCCGCAGGGCGCGGGGCCGCCCCCUUCCUGCCGCCCCCUCCGCCCACGGGGCUGCGAUUUACGCCCGGUACUCCAGCCGCUCUCCCUGAAAGACCAGACCAACCCCGAACCAACGCGCCGCGCCGCAGGACCUGAGUCCCGAGAAGAGCGGGCGGGCGGUCAGACCCCGGCACCCUGGGUCACCGGCCCCAGGUUCCGCCGCCCCCCAGCGCGUCCUCCCAGGCCACGAGUUUGCCCCGCGCCAGCAGGUUGGCGAGUCUGGGCGCUUCUCCUGGGCUCGGUGAAGAGGUCUCUGCUGGCUCCGACGGUUCCGGGCAUGGCCAUGCUGAGUGCGCCGCCCCACGCCUGGGGGUGGCUGAUGCUCGGCAGCUGUCUCCUCGCCAGAGCCCAGCUGGAUUCUGAUGACACCUUUACUAUAGAGGAGCAGAUUGUCCUUUUGCUGAAGGCUAAAGUACAGUGUGAACUCAACAUCACAGCUCAACUUCAGGAGGGAGAAGGUAAUUGUUUCCCAGAAUGGGAUGGACUCAUUUGUUGGCCCAGAGGAACAGUGGGGAAAAUAUCAGCUGUCCCAUGCCCUCCCUAUAUUUAUGACUUCAAUCAUAAAGGAGUUGCUUUCCGACAUUGUAACCCCAAUGGAACGUGGGUUUCUGUACACAGCUCGAAUAAAACAUGGGUCAAUUAUUCAGACUGCCUACACUCUCAGAAGCCAGAUACCAGCAUGGGAAAGCAAGAGUUCUUUGAAAACCUCUCUGUGAUGUACACCGUUGGCUACUCCAUCUCCUUUGGGUCCUUGGCAGUGGCUAUUCUCAUCAUCGGUUACUUCAGACGACUGCAUUGCACCAGGAACUAUAUCCACAUGCACUUAUUUGUGUCGUUCAUGCUGAGAGCUACAAGCAUCAUUGUCAAGGACAGGGUGGCCCAUGCUCACAUAGGAUUAAAGGAGCUGCAGUCCCUGGUAAUGGAGGACAACCCACAGAAUUCCAUCGAAGCACCUUCUGUGGACAAAUCCCAAUAUAUUGGGUGCAAGAUUGCUGUUGUGAUGUUUAUUUACUUCCUGGCUACAAACUACUACUGGAUUUUGGUGGAAGGUCUCUACCUGCACAGUCUAAUCUUCGUGGCUUUCUUUUCGGACACCAAAUACAUGUGGGGCUUCAUCCUGGUAGGCUGGGGAGUUCCGGCAACAUUUGCUGCAGCCUGGGCUGUGGCACGAGCCACUCUGGCUGAUGCGAGGUGCUGGGAACUUAAUGCUGGAGACAUAAAAUGGAUUUACCAAGCCCCAAUCUUAGCAGCCAUUGGGCUGAAUUUUAUUCUGUUUCUGAAUACAGUCAGAGUCUUGGCUACCAAAAUUCGAGAGACCAAUGCAGUUGGGCAUGACACAAGAAAGCAAUACAGGAAACUUGCCAAAUCGACCCUGGUGCUGGUCCUGGUCUUCGGAAUGCACUACAUUGUGUUCGUGUGCCUGCCCCACUCCUUCACGGGGUUCGGGUGGCAGGUCCGCAUGCACUGUGAGCUCUUCUUCAACUCCUUUCAGGGUUUCUUUGUGUCAAUUGUCUACUGCUACUGCAAUGGAGAGGUCCAGGCUGAGGUGAAGAAGAUGUGGAGUCGGUGGAACCUGUCCUUCGACUGGAAGAGGACGCCGCCGUGUGGCAGCCACCGGUACGGCUCAGUGCUCACCACCCUGACGCACAGCACCAGCAGCCAGUCGCAGAUGGCAGCCAGCACGCGCAUGGUGCUCAUCUCAGGCAAAGGCGCCAAGACCGCCGGCAUCCAGCCUGACAGCCACGUGACCUUGCCCGGCUACGUCUGGAGUAACUCUGAGCAGGACUGCAUGCCACCCUCCAUCCACGAGGAGACCAAGGAAGGAAACGGGAGGCUGGAAGACGAUAGGCCAACGGAGGAGGCUUCCAGGCCGCUGGAAUUUAAGUCAGACACUGAAGGAUACAAAGGGAAAACAGAGGAUGGUCUCUGAACCACCUCUGUGGCUUUACCAGGCUGGGGCAUCUGGUCCUGUGAAAGAAUGUUGGCAGAGCCUUCUGUGGGAGCCCCAAGCUUGCAUAUUUAGGGUUAAGCUGUUACUUUACAAAAGUUGUCAAGUUUCACAAAUUGAGUCUUAUAAAUACCUAAUGGCACUAAAGAAGAGUUGUCAAUGGAGUAGUUUAUUACCUUAUUUUGGCACCAAAUUGCUCUCGAGGGUGUGGCACUUGCUGUGUGAUUAUUCUGGUUUUUGUUUUGUUUUGUUUUGUUUUUUCCUCUGCUACUUUUGUGUAGAAGAAGUUUCAGUUGCUCAACUAUCAUUUUCUCUCAAAGAUAUCAUCCUCAAUAUAAUGGAGACCGUUGAGUAGGUGUCAUUUUCCUUUUAAGAAAUUGCCACUCUUUUUUUCUCUUUCUCAUUUUCAUACACUUCCAUCGUGUCAUUUUGCUUGUGCAGAGCAGCAGUUAGGGUCCAAAAACCUUAUGUUGAAAGAGGAAUGAUCUAAGAACAAGUACACACUGGAAAAUUAAUUGGCUGAAUAUAGACAAAAUAAUAUGAUAAGUUUGCUUCUUUUGAAGCAAGCAAAAGCACUCAAGAACAUUAUUUCACACAUCUCUCCUUUUGAGUAUCUCCUUUGUUACCAACCAAGCCUCGGGUUUUCACCCCUUGUUCUUUGCACACCAUGACUUGUAGAAGGGUUUCCUCAGUUACUGAGCCAGUGUCUGCAAACCGAUUUUAUUUGUAAUCAUUUACCAUUGAUAGCAAGUCACACUGCAUCUGUGUCGUUUCCUUCUUCAUCCUAUUACUAUGUUGCAUGUGGCAUGUGGGAUAAGUUAAAAGUUUGUUUUAAAAAUGCAUUUU